AUGAAAGUCGAUUUCCUGUGUUUUUCAGAUACAAUAAAAACAGAAGAGCCCUGCCUAUUUUGUUUACAAAGUCAGUUUCACUAUUACAAAAGAAUCCUGACUUAUGACAAUAACCGCAUUAGUGCACCAGAUGAUUUUGGAGUACUUUUCUCGAAAAUGUUAUGUUUGUACGAGUCAACAUUUGCAGAAAGAUUAAGAGAACAAAGAACAGUGCAGAAUUAUUUACAUCCUUUCUAUGGCACAUUUGAUGAAGUCAUGAAAAAUGUACUUUCCACCGCAAGAAAUAUCUCCAAUUGGUAG